CUAUAGAGAGGUUACAGUAAAACUGACUAUAUUUGUGCGUAAUGUAUUACAUUUUAAAAUGAUCAAAGGCCUGUGGAGAGCAAUCAGAGAAAUAAGGCGCGAAUAGGAUUUGAAAUUUGGAAUUCUGUGAUGUUUCUGUGUUGUAAGUUCGAAUUUGAAACCUUCCAGUUAUAACUCAAGCAUCGAGAAGCUUGGAUUGACAUUUGACACCACAGGUGAAGAUAUCCGAACGCUACCACCGAGGAUCGUAAGAUGUUUUGACUUUGCUGUGAGCGAGCGAGAUGUCCGGUCCCGGCUGCUGCGCACACCCGAAGAGGCUGGGCGUCCACGCUCUGGACGCCUUGUCGUUGACGGUCGUUGUCAUGUUCCAAGGGACGGUCCUCAACUAUUACAUCAUAUCCCAUUACAAAGACUCGGUGACGCCGUAUUUCCUGUUCGCGGCGGACGCCCUCUGCAUAUCCACGUUCAUCGGCACUCUCGUCGCCUCCUACUCAUACCUGGUGCGCGUCUACGUCUGCAAGGAUGCCGAGGACGGGAUUGGCACCAAGAUCCGCGCCAGGCUCAAGUCAUCGGCACCCAAGAUCGGCGUCAUGCCGCUCUCCUACGUCUCCUGGCUGUUCUACGUCGUCAUCCUCGUCACCAAGAUCGUCGUCAUCUUCGAGUCCGGUCUCGCCGAAUCACUCAACCCCAUGGAACACUUCGGGCCGCAGCUACUCAAAGUGACAAUCGCAUCGUCUUCUUUUGUUUUUCUUCUACUUGCCGAAGGGCACAAUUGGGUCAAGCGAGGUCUUCCGAGGAAUGCUUAUGUCACUACUGUAUGUGCCAAAACUGGAAUAGAGAUAUUUGACUCUGUUUCCCUUUUGUCCAUUAUCCUAGAAGGUCCUAAAGAGUUAACAGAAGGUUUUAAGGAUUUAGUGCUCGGCCUGGCUGCAAUUAAUUUUUUCCUACCAUCUGUCAAGCUUUAUCAGUUGAGCUUUCCUGACUUGUCUAUUAAUACAGUCGCUAAGACUGUCACCAUGAUAUACAUGCUGGCACAUAUUGUGCUCAUAGAUAUACCUUUUUUGUCGGUACGGCUUUACCUCUGGUUGAACUUUCGCCAAAAUGCUUCCAUGUUCCUCAUGAAGAAUGUAUUGAGCAUAGUCUUGACUCUUAGAGGAAUGUACCCGGAAUUGAUUUCCUUCAAGCACGGCUUCUUCUUGGCUGAAGGCAACACGAAAUCGGAAGAAGAGCCGAAUUUGAAAAACCCGAAGGAAUCGGGUGAUGAAGUGAUUUGCCUGACGAGAAGAAAUGCUGGUAAACAAGAGAAAGAGUUAUCAAAAGUGGAUUCUGCACAAUUACACGACAAAGAAAAAACCGAAUCUCCAAGGAGGGACAAAGAAAUUGAAUUAGAAACAUUAAUGGUUAUCGAAUAAACUCGAGCGGCUCUGGUUUACUGAGGAUUUACCAUUUUCUUAAGCGAUCUCUUGUUUAGACCUGUUUUGUUUAUUUCUUUUAAUAAAAAAUGAUUUUGAAAUGUA